GCUGAAACGAAGUGCAGCUCUUCGAAAGCAGCGCCUGAGAGACGUUCAUCAGAACAGCAUCUGUGAGAGACGUUUACGUUUCAAAAAGGAGCAAGAAUUUGCAUUGUCAAAGAGAAGGAUACAGUUGUCCGAUUUGCCAGAAGCUGUGAACGAUUCCCUCCUUCAGAAGUGCAGGAUCCUUCUCGUGCACUUGAUGGGCACGAGGCCGUGCAGGCAGGAAGGCCCUUGACUGCAAGAUCCUUCCGUCCACACCUACAAUACUACAGUGCAUUCAAUACAUUAGAUUUGAAAGGCGCUUCUUUUAAUAGCUGUGACCCAUCGAUUACUCCUUGAGGUUAUCACAAUGGACGCAGCUGACACAGCCCGCGAUCUGGGGGACUACGACACUUUCACGUUCAAGACCGCCAGCGCAACAGUGGCGGGGGGAGCGGCGGGUUUGAUCCUGGGUUCCAUUGUGGCUUCAUGGCGGGACAUUCCUGCGGUUCAAAGGAACAAGCCGCUGCCGGCUUUGCAAAACACCUUGAAGGUGAUGGGAUCCUAUGGGUUGACAUAUGCGGUGGUCGGUGGCACGUAUGCAGCGACAGAAAGUGCAAUGGAGGUUAUGCGGAACAAGAAGGACCUGUGGAAUGGGGUGGCGGGGGGCUGUGCGGCAGGGGCUGCUCUUGGUCUCAGAACUGGCAAUCUCCAGACUGGCGUGGGCGCUUGUGCCGCAUUUGCAUUCCUGUCGGGGCUAGUAGACACAACUGGUAACACAACAAAGCAGCCAAGCACUCGGGAGUACCUGCCAUACCAACGGGGUCCUGGUGGACAUCAAAACUAGAUUGUACUGGAUCGUGGUUAGGUGUCAAAAAGCAAUGGUCCUUUCGGGAAAGUCUGCAAGUCGGCACUACGCUCUUUGCUUCCAAGAGCUCUGGGGUUUGGACGGUACCAACCCGCUUUGAGGUGGUGCGCGUACAUCCGUUGGCCCCUGUCGCCAGGGUCAACCUGUGUCUGAUCUGGCUGCUGCAAAAACACUAGAGUAGAGGUGUUCAAAAAGCCAAGUAAAUCUGUGGGGCAUCAACCAUGUUGGUCAUUCUGUCAGCAGAUUGUCUUUCCUAUCAAUCAAUCAU